AUGCCGGCCACGAUGUUACGAGGCAAGUCCCUGAGCUUGGCCCAGGCUCUUCUUAUUGUUGCCCCGGCCUUUAUUGUCUUCGGAUACAACCAGUCCGGCCUGGGCCCUCUCGCUACACUCCAGAGCUGGGUGCAUAUGUUCCCGGAGAUCGAUACGAUCAACACUGAGGGGGCGACUCAGGCCAAGAACUCUACUUCGAAGGGUGCUGUGAUUGCUUCCUUCCAGCUCGGUGCUCUUGUCGGAGCAUUGUCAUGUACUGCGCUAGGUGACCGACUUGGACGCCGCAAGACUAUCUUCCUCGGUGCAAUCCUGACCAUCAUCGGUCAAGUCCUGCAGACUUCCUCCUACAGCCUGGCCCAAUUUGUCGUCGGUCGUGUCAUUCUGGGUCUGGGAGUUGGACAACUCAGUGUUGCUGUCCCUGUCUGGCAAUCCGAGUGUACGUCGGCCAAGCACCGUGGACAGCACGUUAUUGUGGAAGGUAUCUGUAUCUGUCUGGGUUAUGCGUUGUGUAACUGGAUUGAUUUCGGUCUGAGUAAGGUCGACGGCACGCUACAGUGGCGUCUCCCGCUUGUGGUGUCACUCUUCUUUUCUCUUAUCCUGACCUGCUCGGUGUUCUUCCUCCCCGAGUCCCCUCGUUGGUUGGUCAGCGUUGGCCGUACCGAGGAGGCAACUCACAGUCUGGCUGCAUACAGAGGUCUUCCGAACGACGACCCUGGCGUGCGGAUCGAGAUCAGUGGCAUUGAAACCUCGCUCGAAGUUACAGUCGACAGCGCCAAGCUGAGCGAUAUCUUCAACUUCAAGAAGCGGGACGACGAGCGCCUUCUCUACCGAUUCUGCCUAUGUGUCUGUUUGCAAUUCUUCCAGCAGAUGUGCGGUGGUAACCUCAUCUCGACCUAUGCUUCUACCAUCUUCGAAGAGAACCUCCACAUGGACAGCGAUCUCGCCCGUAUUCUCUCCUCCUGCGCCAUGACCUGGAAAUUCCUGUGCAGCUUCGUCGCCUUCUUCGCCAUCGACCGCCUCGGUCGCCGAAAGAUCUUCAUGAUCAGCGGAACUGGGAUGUGCGUCUGCAUGGUGGUCCUCUCCAUCACCAACAGCUUCGGCAUGAACCACAAAGCUUCUAUCGUGUCCGCAGUAUUCAUCUUCCUCUUCAACUCCUUCUACCCGAUCGGAUUCCUCGGCGGAAACUUCCUUUACUGUACCGAGGUUGCGCCCAUGAGACUCCGUGUCGCCAUGUCGGCGAUCUCGACUGCGAACCACUGGCUGUGGAACUUUGUCGUUGUCAUGAUCACCCCGGUCGCUCUCGACACGAUCGGAUACCGCUACUACAUUGUAUAUGCUGUUAUUUCGGCGUGCAUCCCCUUCGCUGUGUUCUUCUUCUAUCCUGAGACGAUGAACCGUAAUCUGGAGGCUAUCAACCAUGUCUUCCAGGAUGCGGAGAGUCCUUGGCAUAUUGUCUCCAUGGCUCGUCACCUUCCUCAGGGUGAGGCUGCUGAGGUGGAUGCCUGGGCGCGGUCCGAAGAGAAGCGUGCUAUUGAGCAGGAGGAGCACGCCUAA